AUGUGUUCCCCCUUUUCAGAUACUUCCGUCCUGUCCUCGUGCACAGACACCUUGUCACUAUCAUCACGCUCAUCAGACAGUGAUGCUUCUCUGAUGUCGCCAAAAAGACAACGCAUUGAUGACACCUUUCUUAUGUCCCCAAAAAGUCAGCAUAUUGAUGAUAGUUCAUCACAAGCCAGAGAGUUUGUCAAAAGAGUUCUGGAACAAAAGCCUGGAGGUGAGAAGAUACUUAAAGAAUAUGCAGUGAGAGGAGAGAUGAAAGACCGAACACGUCGUGACCUCAUCAACAUUGUUGUUGCUCAUCUGGUGGAAAAGUAUGGGCGUGCUCCACCUAUGGACAAAAGAACACAGUGCGCACUGGGGAUAGUAACAUUGUUCCCCUCUCUAAAAGAUCCCUACUCCAAAAAAGGCUAUGUGUUGCAAGACUUUGACCUGUUAUUUGGAGCUGAGACUGCAUCAAAACUCCUCGAGAAAUGGGGAACACUCAAGUCCAAAGUCAUACAGCAAGCCAAAAACCUCAGCAAGACACCCCUGCUUGACUACUUCAUCCAGUCUGCUGAGGAGAACCCUGAUGAGGAUGGCGAGGUCCCAGGUUGGGAUAGUGACAUGGCUUCACUGCUACUGCUGGUCUUCCUCUUGCCACCACCACCAAGUGGAAAGAAGGGAGCUGUGAAGAUCAGUAUCCGGGAAGCUGUGGACCAUGUAGUCAGGUUUCAAAAGUCAUGUCGCAGCCUUCAGGAGCACUCUGGUACAGAGCAGCGGAGGCAGCCCUACAUCCUAGCAGUUGGGACGACAAGAAGAAGCAUCCAUGAGUACUACAUCACAUUGGAUGGUGAGCUCCUUCCCUGCAAGGCCAAGUCUUCCCUGUCAGCCUUUGAUGAACUUUUCAAAACACAUUAUGUGUUUGGCAUCUCUUAUAGUCAGGCUUUAAGCAGCAUGUACACAUUUGUGCAGACCAGCAUAUACAACAUUGAUGUAGGUCUUUCUCACGAACCUCCUAGAGUCAAGGACCUUAGAGCUAAGCUCCUCAACUGAAGAAUUCUGAUGUAUAAAUGCUUUGUUUGCAAAUCCAUUUUUGUCACCAUUCAAAAGUUGCCCAUUAGUUUCAUUACUCUGAUGGUUCUUUUGUAUGGUAAUCCACAUUAUAUUUUUGUUGUAAUAGGAUUUUUGGACUGUUGACUUUUGAAAUAUUUUUGCUUUCAUGUCCAAUAUGGGGUCAGUUUAUUUUGAAUUCAGAAAAGAAGGAUUAUCUUCAGAGCUGAAAAAAAAAAUGAAACGAAGGCACUUUAUAUCUUAUGAUGAUUCGAAUUCUUUAUGGCUGACCUGCUAAUUGCUUUAAAUGUCUGUUAUCUGCCUUGUUAACCGACUGAUAAGCAGCAAGCAGGGAUGGGUUGGUUCAUUACAUAUCAGCAUUUAAAUAACAAACAGGUUAUAUUAUUACUGUUAAAAUCACAUGUAAA